AUUUCCCAGCGGAGCUAAGCGCGAGCGGCGUAAGGGAGAGGCUAUCCCCGCCGUAGCAGGAAUGGAGACAAAGAGAAACAUUACCGGAAAUACUGUUCGUGUAUUCCUUGAACAGCGUAGCUAAGGGAUCGUGUGCUAAUACUAACCCCUCACUGCGGAAGUGGGACGUACCAAAGCUUGGCACCCGAAAAUCCUGCCCUGCCGGGUGGCUCGCGCUGCAUGGCGCGUUGCGCGGGGAGCGCCGCCUCCUGGGACUGCGGGGAUACCCGUGAAGAGGGAGGAAGGAAGGGCGGUGCGAGGGGCGCCUCGGAGAGGCGAAGGCUGAAAGAAAUGGUGGCUGAGCAGCUGAGGCAGGAUAUGAACAGGCUUCUUAAGGAGGAAAUCCAAACUGAUGUUACUUUCUGUGUUGGCAAUAUUCUGUUCAGAGCCCACAAGGCAGUGCUUUUAGCAAGAGUGCCAGACUUUUUUUUGCAAGUUUCUGGGAGGUGGUUAAAUAAUCUAAGCAGCAGUCAAGUUAUUCAUCUGGAGAAUUUGGAACCUUUUGAAUUUAAAACAUUCCUACAGGCUGUGUAUUCAUCUGACAGAAACAUGAAAGAGGCUGAGCAAGAGGUUCUCAAGAAGGAAGUAUCAAAGGCUAGAUUAACAAAAGAAGAUGAAAGUCUUCAGGUCAGCCAUCCCCAGAAUGGUCAAAUAUCAGCUGCACAGUGGCUGGAAAAUCAUGAAAGGCCAUCUGGGCAUCAGUAUUCCUCAAAUGGAACAACAGAAACAGAAACUGCUGCAUCUCCUUUUAUUGCAAAUAAAAUUCCUGAAGAAGCUGUUGAUGCUAAAGGCAAUGCAACUGUGUCAGAAACUGCAUCUGACUUGGGAAGAGACCUGUUGCUGCUCUACGAGAAAUCCUGGUUUUCAGAUAUUAAUAUUUGGAUUGAUGGAAAACCAUUUGAAGUGCACAGGGCCAUUUUAUGUGCCAGAUCCAGUUACUUUGCCGCUAUGCUGAAUGGGAGCUGGGCUGAAAGCUCUCAAGAUCACAUUACUCUUCAAGGCAUAAACCAUGUAGAAAUGACAGUUGUUUUGCAUUUUAUCUAUGGAGCAAUUCUGGAUUUCCCAAUCAAAGCAGAUGCUGGCUGCAUACUGAGCAUUGCAGAUAUGUAUGGACUUGAGGGCCUAAGAGAAGUUGCUAUCUACAUUCUGAAAAGGGACUAUUGCAACUUCUUUCUAAAGCCUGUGCCUGGAAAGCAUCCACCUGUUUUAGAAUGUCUAGCCAUUGCCCAUUCUGUGGGAGCAAAAAGCCUCUAUGACGCUUGCAUGAAGUGGAUAGUUCAAAAUUUUGUAAGAUGUUGGUCAGAGAAGAACUUCGCUAGUUUACCCACUGACCUUCAAAAUGAUUGCUUUAGAACACUGAUUCAGUCUUUGAGUCCACAGAAUUCAGCCCAUCUUCUGAUGGAAACCAGCCGACUGAUCAGUAGCCUUCCCCAGGUGAAAUGGACUGAAACAGCCCUUACCUUGGCAUCUAGGCUGCAAGAGGAGUGUGUCUCAUUUAUGGUGGCAAAUUUCCCAGGGAUAAUUCAAAGUGAAGGCUUUUUUGCUUUGUUACAGGCUCAGGCCAUGAGCAGCAAAGCGGACCUCCUUGAUCAAGUCUUUGAGGCCAUUCAGAGGGGUAUAAACACUGAAAAUAGUUGCAGUCUUCUAAUAGCUCUGGACACUUUAUUAAGUUCUGCAAGCGUGAAUGAGAUGGGGUUUACGUGCAAGAUCCAGGCUCUGCAUGAUAAGCUGUGGAUCUUCCUAGUUCAGUCAUUUUAUGCUGUUCGUCACACAGAGAGCUGGAAGCUGCUGAAGCCAGAUGAUCAACAGAAAAUACAAGCAGCUGCUUUUGACAAAGGCGAUGCUAGAAGACCUGCUAAAAAGCCUGCAUUCACUAGUUCUCAGUUAAACAGAUGCAGUACUGACGCUUCUGGUAUUAAACAUACUGCUUGGAAAGCAGACGGAAAGAAAAACAGUUGGUGUGGUUCCUUCACUAAUCGGGAUAAAAUGAAAUCCGAUGGAUUAGGAGCAUCUGGACAUACAUCGGCUACCAACAGGAACAGCGCUAAUAAGGCUUUGAAACACGACGAUUUAAAGGGGAAAGACAGUAAAAAGGCAGUUUGCAAGAUGACAAAAGAGGCCAAGAUGGGGGAGAAAACACCUUCACCAAAGGCUAGAGCUGUUAUAAAGCCCAAAACUGAAACUAAUGGAAAUGCUAAGGCUGAAAGCUUCCUUACAAAACAGGAUUCUGAUCGGUCAUUAUCUGCUAGUGGACACAAAAAUGCAGGAAGUGGCAAAGCCUUGAAAAACCAAGAAGGUAAAAGUGUAGGUGCUCGACCCAAAGUACUUUCUGCAAGUUCAAGUGUACAGAUUAAAGCAAAACCUGUGAAAAAACCCACUGGAAAGGAAUCUCCCUCUCUUAUCGGCACUGAAACUCUAAGUAAAUCAACCAAUUCAAGUACAGAUCUGCGGAUGUCCAUUGAACAUCUAGAUGAAACCAAGGAGGAAAAACUAGCAGAUGAAGGGAGAAAGCAUCCAGCUUUGAAAACAAAAUCUGCAGUGAAGAAGACUAACGGAGCCCCUGCUAAAAAAAGUGUUAAUGAUGUUGAGGCUAAUAGUCCAAUGAACAGUGUUGUAAAAAAAUGCACUGGAAAGGGCAACAGUGAACAUACACCACAAGCAGUUUUGAAGAAAAAGGGAAGCGAAGCUGGCAAUUCUACUGUUCAGCAGAAAACCAAGAAUGUAGCUAAUACUACAAAAAAUCAAGGUUCACAAGGAGACUUACCAAAUUCACUGAAGUCAGGACUUUCUCCAAAACAAAAUGAAGAAAAAAACGUGACACAACAUUUGGCACAACUGGAGAAACAAAGUUUGUCAAAGAAAAAGUCUAAACCUCUGCAGACUACUUCUGUUAAAGCUACUGCAAAAAUAAUAGUAACAUCCAAAACCCAAACCCAUUCAAAGAAGAGUGAAAUAGGGAUCAAUAAAGACCAAAAACAGAAAAUAGCUACAGGACAACCUGCUUUAAAGGCUUCAUCUUCAAGCAUGAAGCAUCCUAGAAGUGAGUCACCAGUUCAGAAGAACUUACAUGGAGAAGGGCAAAAGAAUUUGGCUCCCAAGCAUGAAAAUUCUGCUGCAUUGGGAACUCAGCUACCUGGCAGUAACAAAUCUAGUCCAGGGAAGAAAAACAGCAGUGGAACAUCUUUGCUUGAGAUAGAUAAAGGGCACAUACUUAAUAAAGAAAAAAUAACUCCUCAUGAAGAAAGACACUCCAGAGGAGAUUGGGAACAGCCAUAUGUUGCAGAACUGAGCAUUUCAGUGAAAACUGAAAAGACAGAAAAACAGGUUCAUACAAAUGAAAAAGAUGAUACAUCUCUUAUAAGUAAAAAUGUGGAAGAAGGUAAUGCAACUGAAUUGCAUUGUGUUAAGGAUCGGGAGAGUAUUGCAUGUGAGAAUGCUAACAAAAAUCCCACCGUCUUGGCUGCAAACAAGGACAUGUUAAAGUGCAAAACACUUCCUGAUUCUGUUGGUUGCCUGCAUCCAUUGAAACAGCUGAGAGAAAACAAGAACCCUUUGAUCCAAAAAACAUCAAUUGAUCAUAAAGCUACAGAUAACUUGAAAGCUGGAAAGGAUGCUAACUGUGGAGAUGUUCUAUUGCAUCAGUUUUAUGAAGCAGCUGGUGAGACCUCUAACUUUGAACGUGAGGAAAGGAAGUCUUCCAAGGCCUUUGUGAUAGGGUCUGAAAGUACUGAUGAGUUUUCUGAUAAGUCUGCUGUGACUGAAUCCCAGUCUGCUACAGUGGAAUCAGAUGCCACUUCCAAAUCUUCCAUAGGCCAGGUUGCUGAGAAAUGCUCCUCUAAAGACACUGAUACCACAGAAACACCAGAGAGCCAUGAAAAUUCUGAUGCUCCAUUUACAGAUCAUUGGAACUUGAGCUCCAGUGCACUUGAUCCAAAAGAAAGCCCUGAAUCUGACACAGGCAGUGCAGCAACAUCCUCAGAUGAUAUAAAGCCAAGAUCAGAAGACUAUGAUGCUGGAGGCUCUCAAGAUGACGAGGGCUCCAAUGAAAGAGGGAUUUCAAAAUGCAGCACCAUGUUGUGCCAUGAUUUCCUUGGCAGAAGCAGCAGUGAUACAAGUACACCUGAAGAACUAAAAAUCUAUGAUGCUAGCCUAAGGAUAGAGGUAAAAAUGAAAAAAGAAAACUCUGAUCUCUUUCGGGUUAUUUCAACAAGUGAUGAUGAGAUCCCUAGAAAAAGGCCUGAAACUUGGUCACAUCAAGGUGGUGAGAAAAGGGCUGGGUCAAGAGGAAAUAAUGCUGGCUUUGCACCCACACAAUUUCCUCAGGAAGCUGAUCAGGUUUCCUCUUCAGCAGAUGAAACAGAAGAUGAAAAGUCUGAAAAUGAAAAUGCUGUGGAACGCCUACCACCCCCAGAAGCUCCUGUUCAACAGUUUCAUGGAAUAGUGAAUCUAGCCUUUGAAGAUGCAGCAGAAAAUGACAUUGAGAACCAAGAAUUCUCUGACACCAAGAACUUUAAGCGGUCUGUAUUGCUUUCAGUGGAUGAAUGUGAAGAACUGGGGUCUGAUGAUGGUGGGGAGGUCCAUACACCUCUUCAGGGUUCCUUGGAUGCUGCCACACCUUCUGAUGUGUUUGAUGGCAUUCCUCAUGAGCAUCACAACAAAACAUUUUAUUCAAGAUUCUCCUUGGAGAUCGAGGAUGGAUUCUUAGAGUGUAAGAAGCCUGAUAAGGAUAAUAAUGAGAACUCUUCUGUGGAUCCUUGUGUUUCUGAGUCAAAGGAGAAAGAUAACCUUGCUACUUCAGUUACAGAACAAAAGUCUAGAGAGAAAACAGUAGGGUAUAGCCAGCCUGCUGCAGAAGGUAAAGAAGAGGCUAGGAGUGAAGAGAAUAAUGACAUUCAGUGCAAUAAAGUUUCAGAUGUUGAUUCAAAAUCUCAAGGAAGACCAUGUCACUUGGAUCUUCAUCAGAGGGAUAAUACUGAGUUGCAAAAGAACAGUUCUACAAAGCCUGUAGAUCCAUGUAGGAGUCAUUUAUUGACUCCAGAAGGUCACGUGAAAGAGAGUGAGCCAGCAUCUACUGAAUACUCUAACACUGCUUUAUCUGCAGGAGACAUAGAUGAUUGUGACAGAUUGACACAAACCUGCAUGUUUGAGCAUCGGCCUCCAAAAACCCUUUCUCCAAUAUACGAGAUGGAUGUUGGAGAAGCUUUUGAGCAGAGGAUGGAGUCGGAAGUGAACAUUGUAGAAGUGGAUUUUGAAGAUCAAGAGUAUGCAGAACAGGACUGGUCUCUUCUCAGGCAAUUGUUAUCUGAUCAGGAGUCAAACCUGGACAUCAAAAACUCUGUUCCCGAAGACCUUAACUUAGCACAAUAUCUCAUCAACCAGACGCUAUUUCUGGCACGAGACAGUUCACAACCUCAGGGUAAAGCACAGAUUGACACUUUCAGUAGGUGGACUGAACUAAUAUCUCCACUGGAUGAUUCAUCUGCAAGCAUCACAGUGGCAAGUUUUUCCUCCGAUGAUUGUUCUUCUCCUCAAGGGGAGUGGACAAUUCUUGAACUAGAAACCCAUCACUGAAGUGUUCAAGUGUUUGAGAUAGACUUCUCUCUUCUUCUCCCUGUACCUCUGCAAGUAAAUAUUCGAUGCAAUAUUUCCAUACAAUAAUAAAUACUGCAUCUGAAUUGGACCUUGAUAUUGCAAUGACCUGUCCAUUAAGUGUUCUGUUUCUAACUAAGAUUCAAUUGCAGGUAUAAACUUUUGAGAAUUUAAGUGGGUGUUUUGUAAAAGCUAUUUUUGAGCAUGUCUUUUUCCCCCUUCUUUGGAAAAAUUACAUGACCUAUAUAAAAAGUUAUGGCUUACUUUCCUUCCUCCUUUCAAUCACCACUUGAUCAUACAUUCCCGGAUACUCAAUGAAUUGAAAUGUGAAUGCAGAAUAAAUAGUGCUAGCCUUUUUUCUUCCAUCACUUUCCAUAUAGUGACUUAGUGACUUCUUCCAGGCUAAGAGAUUCACAGUGUUUAUGUCAAAAGAUGUGUGCCAACAGUACUUUAAAUACUAGAAAUGUGUGUUUGAAUUUGCAGGAAAAGUUUCAAUGGAAAUGUUUUUGAAUUUAUUUAUAAAAAGCAGCAUGUGUGGUUUGUUUUCUCCAGACUGGUUUUGUACCCUUCUUUGGUUUUGAAAAAUUUCAAUAAAUUUCUAAAUUGCUUAUUUAAA